AUGGAGCGAAAGCUCCUUCCUUUCAAGCUCACCCCCUUCUCAGUCGUUUUCUACGCAAAGUUCAUCGCGUCAGUGUUAAAUCGCAACUUCAACACAACUCUGCUAAACGACCCAAACCCCUCCAAAGCUCUUAUGUCUUCCGAUGAUUUUAUCAUCGCAAGAUAUCUACUAGAUGAGUCCAGAGCUGCAGGACAUCAGAUCCCAUCCUCUGAAGUUCAAAAUCACCAUCUCAUCUGUGACCGGAGCUACCAGAUUGAUGCUUACAAUCAAUGCGCGCAAUCCUUUGGCAUCAAAGUGAUCAUCAUCGAUGAUUUCAAAGACCUUGUAAGCGAUACCUCCAUCCUUACGAUAGCUUCCCGCUAGCUCACAUCUCAGGCUUGGGAAAUCAUCUCUGGUCAAUCAGAAAGCUGGAUCGGCAGAACCCUUCGAAGAACCUCUUCCAUAAUCAGCGUUCAGGAUCGCAAGACAAAACAUAGAACGAAACGCGUUUCCAGUAGCAACAAUCUCCUUAAAAAGGAUGCGAUUGAUGAAAAGGGUCGCAAGACCAAACAUACAUUGAAACGGGCUUUCAGCAGCAGCAACCUCCUCUACAGAAACGAUGCGAUUGUUGGGAAGGACCUCAAAGAACUUGGACGACUUUGUGGAGAAUGUAAAUUGAAAAUUGAUUGUGUCCCUGAAGAACUUUAUCUGCCGACACACAUAGCAGCUACUGCUGAGAAUCUGCUCACCUAUGGUCUCGGAACUGAAGGGAUCUUUCAAGACUCUGGAAAACAAACCAUUGUACAGUCCAUAUACGACCACUACGCAAUCACCAACGAAGAUGAGGACACCAUUACAGGUACUGUUCGGCAACGAAUGCUACCAGACAGAUUUCGACUUAACCAUCUUGAGGUUGCUGCUACCCUCAUGCGAUUUCUUUCAGUCUUACCCGGUGGUAUCUUGGGCGAAUUGCACCUUUUCCACGCCCUGGCUGAUAUAUACUUUCGUUUCAAAGACGAAAACACCAUGGCCACUCUUUGUCGCGCAGAAUUGAUUGCACUUGCAAUUGAGACUGUCAAUACAAUUUCGCGCCGCCACCUUAUCUAUGGUAUCUUUGCCAUCCUCCAUACAUUUGGCGAACUUGCAAAAAAGACGAAGUCAUUAAUUGAAUAUGAGGCCUUGGGUGUAGCUUUUGGUCCACUUCUCAUAGGGGAAUACCUCAACUACAACAUGCCUCAGCCUCACCCCAAAGGAAAAUUAGUCGUUCUCCCUGUUUCCUCGCCCAAGUCACAUAAGAAAAACAAGGGCCAAAUUCCACUCACAGAUGAUAAAGGCUUUCUCUCUGUGUAUGAGAAGAAAAGACUUGCUAGUGGAAUUGUCGAGAUGGUCAGUUCCCAUUGGGAAGAGGUGAAAGAGUGUAUUUUAAACCCACCCGAGCACAGAAGUACACGGGGCAUCAAAGGAGCGCGAACUCCAGAUUCGAGCGAGUAUCAACUACGAUCUCCAACUCCAAAGCGUCGUAGGUACAACCCAGCCAACUUCAUUACACACUACUAACACUACCAUUAUCAGGUUAUGACCCUGAAUCUCGCCUACUGAAUCAACAACGCCACGAGAAGCACGAACAGAGGCUAGAGAAACAAAAAAGUCUCGCAUCCGUAUCCAAGUUGAGCCAGAGCCCCCCAUCAGUCUUCCGAUCUGCUUUUGAGGAAGCUACAGCCAAGAAAUCAAAGACAUCCAUCAGCAACGAGUCGAUCCCCGAAGUAAUGUCAGUAUCACCCAAGCGCAUUUCGCCAAGUGAAAAGCGAAAUUCAGGGUUCACAGGUGAUUUCUCAAUCAAGAAGUCACCAGCAAAGCCUUACAUUAACUUUUCCAAACCGUAUAGAGAUAAUUUCAAAUUCAUGUCCAGCGGUGAUGAUGUUUUUGGCCCAACAUUAAAGACAGUUGCACCAAAGCUCACUGAGCUUCAAAUGAAGUUCGAGGAACUUUCAAAGUCGAACAAAAAAGCCAACUUGACAAACAUUGUCGGCAGACGCACUCCGGAUUUGUGUAGUCCCAAGGGACCAUCUGAACCAACUCGUCGCAUGAUCUCGAGUGCGCCAGACAACAAGAAAAAGUCCUAUGGACAUUUGGGAAUAGCUGGAGUUUUAGAUGUGAAUCCAAAGAUGAUCGAUAUGCAAGUCCAGCCAGAACAGCAAAGAGCAGAGAAAACUCCCCUGAAGCACAUAGCUCGUCCGGAUAACAUUGCCUCCUUGGCUAAAUUCAACAAGACAAUUGACCAGUUCGAAUCGGCAGUUGAUCGCAAUAUGGAAAACAAGUCAGCCAAAAUCAACCGCAAAGAUCCUUCGAGUAGGUUGUUCCACCAAACUGACUCAUCAUUGGUGACCGCCAACAAGCCUAUCUUGGAAUCGAACAACGCCUCGAAUAAGAACAAAAGCCCAGAACCCGCUCUUACGGAACGUAAUGUCAAAAAGUCUGUCAGAGGAGUCUCAUCUCAACAGGAUGGCCCGACAGCAGAAUCAACGCAAAUUUCUCAAAUUCCCAAGAAGAGUCUAUAUGAGAGAAGCAAAGCUAGAUUGACUGGUUUAGGUAAAUCUUCUAGAUCGGGCUCUGGAUCUGGAUCUGGAUCUUCUAUUCAUAGUCACAAAUCCCUGUUCAGUCUCAAAGGAAGCAGUCUUCCGGGAAUCAAAAAGAGUAUCAGCAAGACUUUCAACGGAACCGGCACGAAAGUCACGGCCCUCAAGGCCAUUUAUGAGCCCAAUAACUCUGUUGCCUCGACCCCGAAGAGAACCCUUCGUAAAUCAAUCCCGGAUGACAAGCGGUCUAUAGAAAUACCAAAGAGCCUUAUUGCACCUUAUACGUACAACCCACCUUCUCCAGCAAGAUCUACGACCCGUAAGGCUCAACUCAAAUCGAUUGAGCAGCAUAAAAGUGACACAUUCGAUGGAGUUGGCCAUGAUGAGGAGAUUGGAAUUGCUCUUCCAGGUCCAAAUCUCCAGCGUCAGUCGGGGAUUGAGGACCGUGAUAUUCGCGCCGAAGUUGAACAGAUCGGGAAAGCUCUUCCAGAUCCAGAUCCACAACAACACCUUGAGAUUGAGAACCGUGAUCUGCGCGCCCAAGUUUUGUCUCUCCAAAAACGCCUUGAGGCUGUCAUGGAGGAGAAUAGGGGCAUGAAAUUGACUAUCACACAAUUGAUGAAAGAAGGACAUCCACAAUAUCGCACUAAAGUGUUGGAUAUAGUUGGAAAUGCUGGAUUGGAUGGAGCGAAGGAGUUUGAAUUGGAUUCAGAUGAUAGUUGUAACACCAUCUUGAGGUCUUAG